AUGCGCACGGGAAUCUUCAAAGACCGGAAUAUUCUGAUCGACAUGAACCUUUUCCUCGAUAAUUUGGCGGAGAAGGAUCUUAUUUCCAAGGCGGAAGAAAUGAAUCUGAGGGAACAAGAGUAUUCCAAAAAAAUCGAUGACGUAUUCUUGAUUCUCUUCCAAAGAAACCCCAAACCGACACUAAAGAGGGUCUUGAAGAUUUUGAAGAAAAUGGAUCGACAAGAUAUCAUCGCGAAGCUUAAAGAAGCAUUUGGUGGUGGGAGGGGGUGGAUGUGCGCGCGAAUAUAUGUCUAUUCCAUCAUAUCCAGGAUGGCUCUCAUUGAAGCGGCACCUCCUACGUCUUGCAGCAAGGCGUGA